AUGUCUUCUGCCGGCGAGAAGCCGAUGUCCACGCCCGGCCCGGAUAUCAAGAACGGCCCCGCCUUCGUCGCGGAUGCCGACGAGGGGAAGAAGUCCAUCAACCUCGGACAGGUCCUCGUCGACGACACCUUUCUGCCGCUCCGGGACGUCGAGCCGUACGACGGCCGCAGGAUCCUGACCGUCAGAGCCGUUGUGACGGGGGGCCUCCUGGGCUCGCUGAUCGCCUGCUCCAACCUGUACCUUGGCCUCAAGACCGGCUUCGGCGCCGACGCCACUCUCUUCGCGUCCAUUUUCGGUUUCGGCAUCCUGAAGUUCCUAGAACGCUCCAAGCUCCCCUUGGUCUCUGGAUACUUCGGCCCCCACGAGAACAACAUCGUCCAGGCCACGGCUCUCGGCUGCGUCGGCGUCGGCUUCAUCUUCGUCAGCGGCGUCCCGGCCCUCAUACAGAUGGGCCUCCUGGGCUCCGGGGGCGGCUCCGCCAGCUACGGCGUCCUGGUCUGCCUGACGUUCCUCUCCGGGUUCUGGGGCUUGUCCUUCGCGGUCCCCCUGCGGAGCCUCUUCGUCCUGAAGCUCGCCCGGCCGCUAAACCUCACGUUCCCCCUCGGCACCGCCUCGGCCAUCACCAUCAAAACCCUGCACUCCAGGUCCGAGGGCGCCCAGGCGUCGUCGCGGCGGAGCCUCGUGUCCAUCAGUAUCGCGUUCGCCGCGUCGCUCGUCUGGGCCGUCGCCAGCUCGUACGCGCCGGGCAUCCUGUACACCUGGAAUGUGUUCUGGUGGAUCUACAAAUGGGGCGGCCACGGCAUCAUCGCCGCCGUCAGCUGGGGCUGGCUCUCGUGGUCCUGGUCGCCGGCGCUGCUGGGCAUGGGCAUGCUCGUCGGCCUCAACCCGGCGCUGUCCUUCGUGCUGGGGUCGGUCCUCGCCUGGGGCAUCAUCGGGCCGAUCCUCGUCCGCCUCGAGGUCGCCUCGGGUCUCCCCGUGAGUGCCGAGUAUCCCGGCCUGGUGACGUAUAACGCAUUCAACCCGACCAAGUUCAGGGACGACCCUUCGCCCCGGUACUGGAUCCUGUGGCCGGCCGUCUUCAUGAUGCUGGCCGUUUCCCUCACCACGAUCGUGCUCGAGGCCAAAUCCUUUGGGAAGCUGGCUUGGUACGGCAUCAUGACCCUUCGUCAAAGGUUGUCAAAGAACCGACAGCGGCAGACGACCAUCCGCCAGGGAGAGAGCACCGCCGUGUUCGACCCCGUGCCCGAGCAGUACCGCAUUAGGUGGUGGGAGUGGCUCGGCCUCGGCACCGUUUCCUUCGCCAUCGCCAUGACCGUCCUCCCGCUCCAGUUCGACAUCGGUGCCGACAUGAGCCUGCUGCAUCUCGCCCUAGGCUUUUUCUGGGCCGUCGUCGUCAUCCAGGUGUUCGGCGCCGUGGGCUCCUCGCCCAUCAGCAGCGUCUCCAAGGGCUCGCAAUUCAUCACGGGCUCCAUCAUGCGGGACCAGGUCGACAAACUGGGCGCCGACGUGGCCGCGCGGUCCAACCUGAUCGGCGCCACGGUGUCGUCGGGCGCGGCGCAGCAGUCAGCCGAGCUGGUCCAAGACUUCCGGACGGGGUUCCUCCUCGGUACGCCGACGCGGCCGCAGUGGUACGCGCAGUUGAUGGGGACCAUGAUCUCGACGCUCGUGAUGCCGGGGCUUUUCCUGCUCUUCACCAGGGCGUUCCCGUGCAUCCUGGACCCGGCCGCCACGUACUGCCAGUUCGCCACGCCCUCCGUCACCGCGUGGCGCAUCGUCACCGUCGGCAUCCUCUCGCCGGUCAUGCCCAUAAGCACGUCCAGCUGGGUCGCGUCCGUCAUCGCUGUCGUCUUGGGCGUGGGGGCGACGGUUCUGAAGAGAUGGCUCAGCCUCCACCCCACGCGCAAGCACUGGGAAUUCCGUGUCCCCAACAUGGCCGUCGUCGGGCUGGCCAUGACGGUUCCCGGGUCCGUCUCCUCCAUAACGUUUGCGCUGGGGGCGGCGGCGGCGGCGCUCUGGGCCAGGUACGGGAAGGAGUCGCACGCGACAUACUUCUAUUCGGUAGCUGCUGGCGCCAUUGCCGGGGAGGGUGUUGGGUACGUGAUUCUCAGCAUUCUUCAGAUCGCCGAGGUUGCAGGUCCUACGUACUUUGGAACGAAGCUGGGUUGCGUUGCCGAGAUUUGCUAA